AUGCGUAGAACUCGUAGAUCAAGCUUCGACACAGCCGGCGGCGACGGCGGAGGGGGUGGGCUGGGGUUCGACCAAAAGCGGCGGACGGAGCUCUUGGCCGAGGCGAGGCGGAAGCGGGUGGCCUGGGUCGAGGAGGCCAGGGGCAUCGACGACGGCGUCGACGGCGCGAGGAAGAGGAGGGAGGAUGAGGCGGCGGCGAGCGGCCGUAAGGCCGAGGGCGAGCUGGAAAGGCUCUUCCCGUCCGCGGUAAAGUUUCACGACUUUCUCACCGGACUGGCAGGGGACCGGGACGAGUCUCCGGCGGGAGACAUGUCUGCCAUACUGCAGCCCUUCAUGAUAGAGGACGUCGACAUCGGGGACGACCGGCCGAUCCCCGCUUACCGGGAAGGCUCGGUCCCCUUCGAUGUCUUCCUCGACAAGCUCAGGCACCCGCGGGCCGCGGAGGUCGUGAAGAGCCUGCAGCAGUUCGUGGCGGCGUUCAGGGCCCGCGUGGAGGCGCCGCCGGCCCUCGCUUCCCCCGGACCGAGGGGAGCAACCGCCGGGAGUUCCAAUGCGUUCGUAGGGGUGCCCGUCCCAGCUGUACGAAACGGGAGGGAAGCGGAUACAUCGCCUAAUGGGAGUGCCGGCGCUACUGCCAACAACUCUGGGGGCGGUGGCGGUGGCGGCAGUGGGGUGACUGCGGUGACCAUGAGUGGGAUGAUGCACGCCUUCUUGGGAAGGGUAGAGGCGCAGAUGCGGGAAAGUGCCCUGUGGCGAAGGGAGACCGAGGCCCAAUGGGAGGACACCAGGGAAAGCCUGGAGAGGAUUGUGAUGCACAAGGUGUUCGAUCAGGCCUACGGGCUCGCCGCGGACCCGGGAAGGGACUCGUCGAUCUCCACCCGACUCCGCUCGCUGGGCUUCCUGACGGAGGAACACCUGGGCGUGCCUCCCCUUGUUGACGCGCAGGAGGAUGGGGCACUCACCUGGGCCGACGCGGAGGCUCAGCUCCUCAAGAUGUCACGGAUGAGGUGCCCGGGAGACAUGUUGCGGUGCAUCGUCAAGUGCACGCGCAUCGUGGCGGGCCUCCUCACGGGCGACCGGGCGGCCGGCGGCGCCCUCCCCGGCGCGGACGACUUCCUCCCCGCGCUGAUUCUGCUCGUCAAGCGGGCCAACCCGCCAGGCUUGCACAGCACCCUGGAGUUUGUGCAGAGCUUCCGCGACCCGUCCAAGCUUCUAUCCGAGGCGGGCUACGUGCUGACGCAGCUCGUCAGCGCCGUUUGUUUUCUCGAAGAGGUGGACGCCUCGGUGCUGAGCAUCGCGCACGGGGAUUUCGAGCGAGGCUUGAUCCAGGGCUUCCAGGAAAGCGCCAGGGUUGGCCUGCAGGCGCACCAGCAAGAGGUCAAGAAGGAAGAGGAGCACGCGCGCCUGCUUCAUAGCAACUCCCAGGGCCGCGCCAACGGCCCUAUUCCCGGGUCAGCGACAACUUCGGCUUCGUUGUCACCGCCGCCAUCUGGCGAUCACGCUUCUGCGGGCACGGCUGCUGCGGUCGGGGGGGGUGGAGGAGGGGAGGCUAGUGCUGGCAGCCCCGGACCUGCUUCUUUGCCACAGCCGGAGCCGCCCCGAACAAUCGGGACGGCCGAGGUGCGUACCCGGCGCCAAGCUGCAGCAGCGGCGGCAGGAGCGGCGACAACGUCGUUGCCCUUCAGCAGCACGGCUGUAUCCGCCGCGUCACUAGCAGCAGGAGGAAGUGGAGGGACGUCGGGCACUGGGUCUUCUACUCGCGAGCGGCACCCUUCUGGUCGAAGCCGACAACGGCAGCAGAGGAAUGGUGGCAGCAAGCAGCAGCCGGCGGUGCUGCAGCAGCUCCGGUUCGUCGGGUGCACGGCGGCGGAGCUGCGGAUGUCGGAGGUGCCCGCCCUCCUGGCCGAACACGACCAGCUCGCUCGGCUGUGCGAGAGGCUCCUUGCGGAGCGGGAGGAGAUGACUACGCCACACCGCCGCCGGUAGUACGCCAGGGUAGUACGCGAUAUCUCUAUCUCGUGUCAAGUCUAUCGAGCUCUGUAGCUUGAUGU